GUACAGCAAAAGGUGAUCCUCAUGAAAAAGACAAUAAGAGAUGAAGCAUUAUUUGCACUCUACCGCAGCCUAUCCCAAGAAACCAUUUGUAUUGCGGACUUAGGUUGUUCCUCUGGACCUAAUACUUUCUUGGUGGUCACCCAACUUAUUAGAGUUAUUUGCAAAGAAUGCAAAAGCACUGGCCAACAACAACAACCGCCAAAAUUUCAUGAUUUCCAGAAUGAUCUUCCUGGGAACGAUUUUAAUACUAUUUUCAAGUCGUUGCUGCCAGAAUUCUACGAUGAUUUGAGGAAGAAGAACAUGGGAGAAGAUGGAUUUGAUCCAAAUAAUUAUUUUGUCUCAGGAGUUGCUGGUUCAUUCUAUAAUAGACUUUUCCCUUCCAAGAGUCUGCACUUUGUCCACUCUUCUUACAGUCUCCACUGGCUUUCUCAAGUGCCUGAUGGAAUAGAGAAUAACAAGGGACAUAUUUACUUGACAAGUACAAGUUCAGCAAGUGUGACUAAAGCGUAUUAUGAGCAAUUUGAAAGAGAUUUCGCAACUUUUCUAAAGCACCGGUCGAAGGAAUUGGUGCAAAACGGGCGUAUGAUAUUGACAAUGUUGGGCAGAAAAAAUGAAGAUCUCUUUAGCAAAGGGUGUACCUACGAAUGGGAUCUUUUAGCCACGGUCCUCAAAAUCAUCGGUGAGACUCGAGGCUCAGCUCAAGGUUCGAUUCCUGAAGGCUCUCGAUGCUCGACCUCGAGACAGUGCAUAUCGGUGGCACUCAUAAGUAAGCGGGGGAUUCCCAAGGCACUUGAUUAA